AUGGCUGCUCAGAGGUUACUCACAGAUACAAACGGACCGUAUUACGGUAGUGGUAACGGAAAUUUCCCGACAACAAACGGUCCCGAUGGCUCGGCCAACCUUUAUCCUUCUUCGUUCAGUAAUGAAACAUCUCCACCAUCAGUACCCGUUCCUCACCAUUUAUCCAAUGUUCUCGGACCUGCGACUGAUUCGUCAGCGACAACUAAUCAUGCGAACAGUGUCAAUGCCGAUAAUCAACUUAAGCAACAGAAAGAUAUGAUAUACAGCCAUCCAUUGUUUCCAUUGUUGGCGUUAAUUUUCGAAAAAUGUGAAUUAGCAACUUGCACACCAAGAGAUCUUGGUGGAUCGGGCGAUGUAUGUUCAUCCGAAUCAUUUAAUGAUGAUGUGGCAGAAUUCACCAAACAGGUAAUGCAACUCAACCUUCUUAUCGUUGUUGAAGAGAAUGCAAUUGAAGUGCAUAUGUAUAUACAGUUUGCAACAUUGAGCUACUGCGCACGCGCGCCCAUGAGUAUAAUUCAAGAUAAAGAAAUGCUCACAUCAUCCCAAGAGCAAAUCAGAUCAGCAUCAUUGUCUUAUCAAAAGCAGCAAAUGAAAGAAUCGAACAAGCUAACAUGUUGUAUUAUUCAAUGGUGUAAAUGGGAGAAAAAGCUUGAGGGUAUCAUUAAAAUGUCAUUAGCAUUUUUAUUCCGAGUAAAGAUGCGAAAGUCAGAAGAAAAAACUUCAUUCUCUUCGCGAUUCACGCAAAUCGAAACGAGCUGCCAGAUUUUCUUUAUUCUUGCGCAUCGUUCGUAUAGCGAUGUGCGGAAAUGCUUUGUUUGCGGAAGCACCUGCCUCUACUUCGCUGCUCGUCUCGUCUUAAUGAUCGAUCGAACAAGAAAGAAAUGCCUUCAAAAAGAUCCGAAUUACAUUUCCACCAAUCCCGAGUUGGAUAAUGUGAUGAUACAAUCGAUUCAAGUCCUACGAUUUCAUCUAUUGGAAUUAGAAAAAGUUCACGAAUUGUGCGAUAACUUUACUCAUCGUUAUAUUACUUGUUUGAAAGGCAAAUUACCAAUGGAUUUAGUUAUUGACGAACGUGAUUCAAAUGUAUCAUCAUCGAAAUCAGGCGAUGACGAUGAUCAAGAUGAUGAUCAGUCGAGUCCACAACCACCACACGGACAUCCUCCACAUCCUCCAACGAGUUCAUCACGUUCAUCAUCUUAUAAUCAACACAGUCCAGAUGGGUCAACAACACCAUCGAACUACAAUCUUCCUCACCAACCAAAAUCUCUUCGAUCAUCGAUGACAACAGCUUCACAAUUGACACCUCUUGUUUCAUCGCAUCACUUCGGUCAUCCAUCUCAUCAUCAUCACCACCAUCAUCAUCAGCCACCACUUCCACCACCGUCACAUUUUCAACAACAAUUGCCUCCGCCACCUUCCGCACAUCCAUCUUAUUCCAAUCAUCUUCUUGGUCCUCCCCAUCCAUCACUUUUGAAUCAUUUAUCACAACCACCACAACAUUUUCAUCCUCAAUCAGCUCAUCAUUCAAUGCAUAAUGAUGACACUCAAUCGACACAUUCUUCGUCAGAUACCAACACUCCGAACGCAAGUCAACCAUCAAUGACUAAUCUGAACAAUCCAACAAAUAGUUAUCAUCUCAUUCAUGAUAACAACAGUGAAACGGGCGACAAUUUCGAUAACAGUGUUGGUUCAGGUGGUGAUAAUACAGGCGGAGAAGAUGAUUUGGAUGAUAAUGCAAAAAAGCGUCAAAAGAAGCGCGGUAUUUUUCCAAAAGUUGCCACAAAUAUCAUGCGAGCAUGGCUAUUUCAACAUUUAACGCAUCCAUAUCCGUCCGAAGAACAAAAGAAACAACUAGCUCAAGAUACUGGAUUAACAAUUUUACAAGGUAAAACUUCGCAUUUCAUUGAUUAA